AUGGAGCAGCAAGUGGCGAAGAAACGCGUCAAAAGGGACUAUCGACAGUGGACACGAUUACGGCGAGCACGACCGAUUAAUGAGAACGAUUUGAGUUUCGGCGAAGACGAGACGCUUGUCAGCAAGUCACGAAAUCGGAAGCAACCGGAUCCAAAUGAUCCGCUGUGGACCGAUAUGUGGUAUCUGAAUCGUGCUGAAAUCACUGGCAACUCCAAGAUGGACCACAAUGUCAAGGAGGCCUGGGACCUUGGCUAUACCGGUCGUGGAGUCGUGGUAACGAUAUUGGACGAUGGCCUAGAGCGAACACAUCCUGACAUCGCUCCCAACUAUGAUGCUCGUGCCUCGUAUGAUGUCAACGACCGCGAUGACGAUCCGAUGCCACGUUAUGAGUAUUCCGAUGAAAAUCGCCAUGGCACGAGAUGUGCUGGCGAGGUGGCUGCCAUCUUCAACAACAGCCUGUGCAUCGUGGGAAUCGCUUACAACGCCCGGAUUGGAGGUAUCCGAAUGCUUGAUGGGGAUGUGACGGAUGCUGUGGAAGCUGCGUCGCUGGGCCAUAACUCGGACUACGUUGAUAUCUACAGUGCGUCGUGGGGACCUGAUGACGAUGGCCGAACCGUUGACGGUCCCGCAAAGCUGACGCGAGCUGCUUUCGAGCGAGGUAUCCGGGAAGGAAGACGUGGGAAAGGCUCAGUCUUUGUAUGGGCUUCGGGAAACGGUGGCAAAGACGCCGAUUCGUGCAAUUGCGACGGUUACACCAACAGCAUUUACACCCUAUCGAUCUCGGCUGCUACUGAAAAUGGCAACAUCCCGUGGUAUUCGGAAGCAUGUAGUAGCACAUUAGCCAGCACUUAUUCGAGUGGUGCAACUGGUGAGAAGAUGAUCGUCACCACUGACUUGCACCAUGCCUGCACCAACACGCACACGGGAACGUCAGCUAGUGCUCCGCUGGCUGCAGGAAUCGUGGCGCUGACGCUCGAAGCUAAUCCGGACCUCACUUGGAGGGAUUUGCAGCAUAUCGUGAUCCGAGCUGCAAAGCCAAUUAAUCUUCGUGCUGGUGACUGGGUGACGAAUGGAGUCGGUCGGAAUGUUUCUCACUCCUUUGGCUAUGGUCUGAUGGAUGCUGGCGCUAUGGUGCAGCUAGCGCGAAAUUGGACGACUGCACCCGAACAGCACAAAUGCAGGCAGUUCUACCCAAGUCGUUUCAAGACCAUCCCUCAUGGUAAUCGACUUCAACUACAGCUUUACACGGACGGUUGUGCUGGUUCGCCAGAUGAACAGGUUGUGUAUUUGGAGCAUGUGCAGGCGAUUAUCACAUUGAAAGCACCGAAAAGGGGCGAUAUACAGAUCUACUUGACAAGUCCCUCAGGAACACGCUCUACUCUGCUGACCAAACGAGCACGAGAUACGAGUCGAGCUGGGUUCAUUGAAUGGGCUUUCAUGACUACCCACAGUUGGGGUGAGCUCGCGGCCGGACUCUGGACGCUUGAGGUCGACAACGAUGGAUGGGACGAUGCCGAGCUGGUGAAAUGGGAUCUGGUUAUGUUCGGCACUGUUGACGAGACAACUCAAUACGGUGGUGGCCAUAACUCAGCCCUAAUGGCCAGAUCACUGGCCCAUAUGGAAGAGGUUCGGGCCGGCGUCAAAAAUGCUCCGUUGCAUGCUCGCCUUGCCUCGAUUCUGCUGCCGAUGCUGAUUCUUCUACUCCGAUUAUGA